GCCGUGCGUCGCGGCGUGAUGACGUCAAGGACGCGCCUGGCGUGGCGUGCCCGGCGUGCGCAGUUGCGUUUCGGCGCCUGGGUCCCAGCUCCUGAGCUGAGGGAGAGGCGUGUAGUGCUGUUGGCCGCGAUGUUACAGGCUGUCGGAGCCGCGGAAGAGGAAGAGGAGCAGACGGAGGAGGACUGUCCUGAGUUGGUCCCCAUUGAGACGAAGCCAAGAGAGGAGGAGGAAAAGUCUGGCCUCGGCGCUAAGAUCCCAGUCACAAUUAUCACCGGGUAUUUAGGUGCUGGGAAGACAACACUUCUGAACUAUAUUCUGACAGAGCAACAUAGUAAAAGAGUAGCAGUUAUUUUAAACGAAUUUGGGGAAGGAAGUGCAGUGGAGAAAUCCUUAGCUGUCAGCCAAGGUGGAGAGCUCUACGAAGAAUGGCUGGAACUUAGAAACGGUUGCCUCUGCUGUUCAGUAAAGGACAAUGGCCUUAGAGCUAUUGAGAAUUUGAUGCAGAAGAAGGGGAAAUUUGAUUACAUACUAUUAGAGACCACUGGGUUAGCAGAUCCUGGUGCUGUAGCUUCUAUGUUUUGGGUUGAUGCUGAAUUAGGAGUUGAUAUUUAUCUUGAUGGUAUCAUCACUGUUGUGGAUUCAAAAUAUGGAUUAAAACAUUUAGCAGAAGAAAAACCUGAUGGCCUUAUCAAUGAAGCUUCUAGGCAAGUUGCUUUGGCAGAUAUCAUCAUCAUCAAUAAAACAGACUUGGUGUCAGAAGAGGAUUUAAACAAAUUAAGAACAACCAUUAGAUUAAUAAAUGGACUGGGAAAAAUUUUAGAAACAGAAAGAUCAAGAGUUGAUCUCUCUAAUGUAUUAGAUCUGCAUGCCUUUGACAGUCUCUCUGGAGUAAGUUUGCAGAAAAAACUUCAACAUUUGCCAACAGCACAACCUCACCUUGAUCAGAGUGUUGUCACAGUCACAUUUGAAGUGCCAGGAAAUGCAAAGGAAGAAAGUCUGAAUGUAUUUAUUCAGAAUCUUCUGUGGGAAAAGAAUGUGAGAAACAAGGAUGAUGCCUGCAUGGAAGUCAUACGACUAAAGGGGCUGGUGUCAAUCAAAGACAGACCACAACAAGUGAUUGUCCAAGGUGUCCAUGAGCUCUAUGAUCUGGAGGAGACUCCAGUGAGCUGGAGAGAUGACACUGAGAGAACAAAUCGAUUGGUUCUUAUUGGCAGGAAUUUAGAUAAGGAUAUCCUUAAACAACUAUUUAUAGCUACUGUGACAGAAACAGAAAAGCGGUGGACAGCACAUUUCAAAGAAGAUCAAGUUUGUCCAUAACACUGCAAGCAUUUCUUAUCAAAAGAUCGGAUGAUAAAAUUGGCAAUAAGUGUCUCUUACUGGCUGCAUUUCAAGCAUCUUUUUUGGCAUUACUUCUGUUAUAAAUUGCAAUGUACUAAUGUACUUUAAAAUAGUAUUUAUUUUAUAUAAUACAUAAGAUAUAGUAAAUCAGUACUGUAAAACAUUUGAUAUUCAUUCAGUAAAAUAUAAUGUCCUUAAAGUGUUUUUUUUGGAGAUAGAUAUUUCACAAAAAGGUCUUUUAGAAUUGGCUUUAGAGUUUGCAUAGGCUGAAUUUCUCACCCAGGAAGGUUAUGUAAUAAUAAUGAUAAAACUUCAACCUUGUCAUUUGCCCUUAGAACUUCAGCUCAUUGCAUACAUGUCAUAAUUUUAUUAUUAUUAAGAAUUUUACAAAACAAAUAAUGUCACUAUUUUUAUCAAAUGAAAUAAGAGGUUUGUUGUGGCUAGAAGCUUAUAAGUGGAAGAAAUCCGAGUCAAAGAAAUUAAAUGAAACCAUCUCUUAGUCACUUCUAAGCCUUGCUGGUAGUCACUGUAUUGAAACUUCAGCCAUUCACUUUAUGUUUAGAAGAUUCCAGUUUUAGAGCUCUUACUUUUAAAUUCAUCUUGGUUUUUUUGAACAAUUUUAAUGUUCAGUGUAAGCUCAAAAGUAACCAGGUACAAAACUUCAGGUAUAACUACAAUUAACUUUUGAUAAUUUAACAAUCUUUAUAUAAAUGGUUGGUGUGUGAAUAUACAAUGGCUUACUUUUCUCCCUUUUCUGCUAAAGGCCAGGUGAGCAUAACUGUAUUCAAAUUGUAAGAGAAAGGCGUUAGAUGGAAUUUAAGGAAGAGCUUUCCUAAAAUAAUGGUUGUUAAAUAUCAGAAGGCUAUGAAAAUGGCUUUUGGAAUUUUGUUUCAGAACAUUAAGUAAAAGAGUUACAUCUGUGUAUCUUGAAUGGCUCCAGUGGUUGGAGGCAGGCUAAUUAUUGAAAUGAUGUGUCUCCUUUUCGGUGCAUUCUAUAUCUUUUUUAUGUAACCACUCUGUAUUCAUCUACUUGCUUCUUGAAUCCAUUCUCUUAAUUCAUAGUUGACAGAAUACACUUAUUUUAUGGCAGCAAAUUGCCCACUAGGAAGUCAGCUGAGUUUUGAGUCAGGUGUGGGCUUUAUUCCAGCUCUGCUGCUUCUUGGCUGUGUAAUCUUGGGCAAAGUAUUUUCUCUGAGACUAGUUUCCUUAUUUAUAAAGUGGACGGUAAUAAUAUCAACCAUUCAAGAUUGUUAUGAGGAUGAAAUAGUUUUGUAGUGCACCCAACUUAGCUCCUGGCACACAGCAGAGCCUAGAUAAAUGUUUUCUUCUUCUACACAAUUUAAAUUAGUCUUAUAAUUAAUGUGGUCAUGAUAAUAUGUAAUGUUCUUUGGCAAAUAAGUGUCUAGAUUCAUCUGUUCUAGAGCAUGAGAAAGGGCUUAUAAUUAAGUGUCCUGUUGUGGGAGAAAUGUUUGAAGUAGUCGUAAUGUAUACUCUUAAAAAUCCGUAUUUAUAAAACUCAUAAAUAUUUGAUUUUUUCCUUUAAAAUCAAGUAAAUUAAUCUUUAGAUAUUUUCCAUUAUGUAAGUAUUGCAUGAAUACAUUCGGGUUGUGAAAGUGCACGUAUUACAGAUGUAGUCACUCUCCCCUGGCCUUUGCCCUUUGGUCACUGUCACUUCUUAGGGGUAAGCAGUGGUGUCAGUUUAAUUUCUCUCCUUUUAGAUGUUUUUUUCACUUACACAUUAUGAUUUACAUUGUUUCCCAAAGUGAUUUAUUUUCCAGUGAUUAGAACCAUAAUUUAAGCGAUUUCUUCAGGAAGCUUACAAACUUGCUGUAAAUAUCCUCAAGGAAAGGUUUUGUGUGUUUUAAAUAAUACAUCAUUUUUUAUAGGUUGUAAGAGUUUGCUUUUUUAGAAACUCAAUUAUUAGUCUUAGAUCUUUCCAUGAUGGUGAAUCUAAAUAUGUCUUAUUCCUUAACUACUGCAUAGAAAUUCAUAGUAUAGCAUAGAUUGCAUUAAUUUUAAAAAAGCAUUUACUGAGAGCUUCCAGUUUGGCCAGGCAUUAGUGCUGGGGCUGAAACCAUACAUGUCAAGUAAAGGCCAGGUUCUCAUACUGCUUACAUUCUGGUGGAGGGACUUAAAACAAUGAGAAAAUAGGGGGCUGGCCCCGUGGCCAAGUGGUUAAGUUUGCGUGCUCCGCUGCAGGCGGCCCAGUGUUUCGUUAGUUCGAAUCCUGGGCACGGACAUGGCACUGCUCAU